AUGUCUGGUAUAAUAAAUGCAUUAUUUGGACAUCAUAAAGAUAAAGAUGAUAAAAAACAUAAUGAAAAAACCGAAACAACAACAACAACAACAACAACAACAGCAACAAAUCCAAUUCCUGAUUCAUCAUCAAAUUCAUCUAUUGUUCAUACAGCAAUUAGUGAAGAUGUUCAUGUGCAAUCAGUUGUAUCAACAGAAACAAAUUCAAAUGUUAAUAUUAAAAAUUCAAAAAAAAUAACUGAUCUUAUGAAUAAACUUGGUACAACACAUAAUCAAAUAGAUGAAUAUUCUAAAAAACGUACUGCUGAAAUAAGUGAAGCUGUAUCAAAUGCAGUUGAAAAAGUUGUUGCUGAUACAGCAGCUCAACAACAAAAAUUAUUAACUGAUGCAAAAGAACGUUCAAAUACAAUUGAAGAUGAAUAUAAACAACAUUUACAAGAACGUCUUGCUCAAUUAGAUACUGAAAAAGCUGUUUUAUUAGCUGAACUUGAACGAUCAUUAAAUGAACGUCAAGAAGCUAUUUUAACUAAAGCAAAACAAGAUAUUGAUAUUAUACAAAAUACGGCUAAUGAAAAAAAAAUGGCUAUUUUUAAAGAAGCACAAGCUAGAGCUAAUCAACAAAUUGAUCAAAUUACCGAACAAGUUGCUGAACUUGUUGCUGAAGAUGCACAACGAAGACUUCAAUCAACAACUCAAACAAUUAUAACAACAAAAUCUAUUGCAACAGGAGAAAAUCAUACACCAUCACCUAGUGUUUCUUCACAUACUGCAACAAAUACGAGCAGAACAUCAGAAUCUCAUUAA